GAGCAAGUUUAAUGGAAAGAACAAAGGCCACGUACGCAAGUGCGAAGAAUAAUCACUCAAUUGGUUUUGGUUUCAGACACAUGAAUGAAUUCAAAACCAACCACCAAAUUUUCCACCGCGCCACCGGCAAUAAUAACAAUCACUAAUCAAACAACACAAGAUUAUUCAAAAUCUAUGCUAAUCCAGCGAUUAAUCUCUCAAAAUUUCCACAUUAUUACCAUUCAAAUCAAAUCUCAAAUUCAUAAACAAUGUCAUCAACGAGAGACAUCACCAGAAUCUUCAACGGCCUCACCUUAAUCGCUAACGAAUUCGCUAAACGUUCAUUACCCGCCACAACUUCCGAUUUCCAAACCCUAAUCAAAACCGCUCUUAUCUCCGCCACCAAUAUCUCCGGCAUCACUAAAGGAACGCCUCGUCAAUUCUCCGAUCCUCAACCCUCCGUUUCCUCUAACAACACCACACACGCUUCUUCUGAUUCUCCUUCCGUUGUUGUUUUCUCCGAUCAAAUUUCUUCUUCACCGGAUUCAACACCAUUGCCGCCGCCGUCACCAUUGCUGACGGUAACAAAUGUAGUAGUAACAAACAAUGACGUUUCUUCUGAAGCGAAUAUUCCGGUUGAACGUUCCGAUGCAACUGUUUGUGCCGCGGAGGUUAAGGAAAGUGAGGUUGUGAGGACUAGUGAAACGGUUAAGCAAGGUGCAAGUGCAACUACGAGUGUUGAAGUUCCGUUGGUGAAACGAAAACCGAGGGAGAGAAGGGUUCCUUCUACUCCAUUUUCUAGGGCUCUUGGGUUUGCUGGGCUAGGAGCUGGUCUUGCAUGGGGAACAGUUCAGGAAUCUGUCAAGAGGCUUGCCUAUGGUACACCUACUGCACAAGGCAAUCAAACUGCACUUUCUCCAUUCUUGUCUGAAAAAAAUGCCGAACGUUUAGCUCUUGCACUUUGCAGAAUGCGUGGAGCCGCACUCAAAAUUGGGCAGAUGUUGAGCAUACAGGAUGAGUCUCUUGUUCCUCCUCCGAUCCUGGCUGCAUUAGAAAUUGUUCGUCAGGGUGCAGACGUGAUGCCAAAGAGCCAGCUUAAUCAAGUUUUAAAUGCUGAGUUAGGUCCUGACUGGUCAUCAAAAUUGCAUAGUUUUGAUUAUGAACCUUUAGCUGCUGCAAGCAUUGGCCAGGUUCACCGAGCUGUCAUGAAGGAUGGCUUGCAAGUUGCAAUGAAAAUUCAAUACCCUGGUGUUGCAGAUAGCAUCGAGAGUGACAUUGAGAAUGUGAAACUUCUUUUAAACUACACAAAUCUAAUUCCGAAAGGACUUUAUCUCGACAGAGCAAUUAAGGUUGCCAAGGAAGAAUUAUCUCGUGAGUGUGAUUACACGUUGGAGGCAGAAAAUCAGAAGCGAUUUCGUGAUCUUCUUGCUGGCACAGAAGGAUUUUAUGUUCCAAUAGUUCGAGAUGAUAUUUUAAGCAAAAGAGUAUUAACUACGGAACUUAUUCAUGGAAUUCCAAUUGAUAAAGUGGCAUCGCUGGAUCAGGAAACUCGUAAUUAUAUUGGGAAGAAGUUGUUAGAACUCACAUUGAUGGAGUUAUUUGAAUUCAGAUUUAUGCAGACUGAUCCUAAUUGGGGCAAUUUCUUAUAUAAUGAAGAUACAAAGACAAUCAAUCUUAUUGAUUUUGGAGCAGCACGGGAUUUCCCCAAAAGUUUUGUUGACGAUUAUUUAAGGAUGGUUCUAGCAUGUUCAAAUGGUGAUAGUGAUAGUGUCAUUGAGAUGUCCAGGAGACUUGGGUUCCUCACUGGAAUGGAAUCCGACGUAAUGCUAGAUGCCCAUGUACAAGCUGGUUUUAUUGUGGGGUUACCAUUCUCAAAACCUGGUCCAUAUGACUUCCGAUCAACCAACAUUACUCAAAGCAUUAGUCACCUUGGGGCGACAAUGCUGAAGCACAGGCUCACUCCUCCACCCGAUGAGGCCUACAGUCUGCACAGAAAGCUUUCCGGUGCUUUUUUGGCAUGUAUCAAGAUUGGUGCUGUUGUCCCUUGUAGAGAACUAUUGCUUGAUGUGUACAAGCGUCAUAAGUUCGGUGAAGUAAAUGAUGAGUUAUUAUCUAGUGGCUCCGUGUCUACGUAGGUUAUUUAUUUUUUAUCCAAUUAAUUUUUGCCAAUUAUAAUAAACUGCAGGAUGCUUGUUUGAGUAAGGGAGUCCUUUAUGGGGACAAUUUCCCCUCUCCCCAUUUGUAACUUUAAUUGUAAUUAGAAUUUUCCCCAGAUUGAUUCUUUUAUAGGUGAAUUAUGAAUAUUCAUUAUUAGUCAUACUGGCAUGCAUGAUGCAUGUGCCAUUGGGUUAUCUGAAAAUGAACCAAAA